AUGAUGUUUGAAGUCACGCUGUCUGUCAUGUUAAAGUGGUAGGGGUUAGCAAGUAGUAGUUUUGAAAUAGAUUUAAGAUUUGUUUUACUUUAAAAUGGGUGAAUUAACGGCAACAAAUUUGUUCGAAUCCCAAACUAUACUUGCCGAUCACAAGGAUUUGAUCCACGAUGUUGCGUACGAUUUCUACGGCGAGAGAAUGGCCACCUGUUCCAGUGACCAGUACGUGAAGGUGUGGGAUUCUGAUGGGAAUGGUGGAUGGCGUCUCACUGCCAGCUGGAAGGCACAUCACGGGUCGGUGUGGAAGGUCACAUGGGCACAUCCAGAGUUCGGGCAGGUCAUAGCUACGUGUUCCUUUGAUAGGACUGCGGCCAUUUGGGAGGAAGUAGGUGACACCGCAGCUUCAGGGUCUGAGAAAGGUCUACGAACGUGGCUAAAGAGGUCCAACCUUGUGGACUCACGGACUUCAGUGACUGAUGUCAAAUUUGGACCAAAGCAUUUAGGGUUGUUACUAGUCACAUGCUCCGCUGAUGGUAUUAUAAGGAUAUACGAAGCUCCCGAUGUGAUGAACCUUGCGCAAUGGACUCUGCAGCAUGAGAUACCAACCAAAGUGUCUAUCAGUUGUCUCUCGUGGAACCCUUCGCUGUCCAGGGUGGUGCACCCGCCGAUGUUGGCGGUGGGCAGUGAUGAGCCCAAUACUACAAACGCGGCGGCCUCAGUGCAGGGCGACAAGACGACCGCUUGCAAUGGAAAAGUAUUCAUAUACGAGUACAGCGAGUCGUCCCGUCGCUGGACGCGCACGGACUGCUUGUCCUCGGUGCAGGAGCCCGUCAAUGACAUCGCCUUCGCCCCCAACCUCGGCAGAUCCUUCCAUUUGCUCGCAGUCGCCACUAAAGACGUCCGCAUCAUCAAGAUAGAACCAAUAGCUGAAUCAGCGGCGUCGGGUAACAACGGCGCGACGGUGCGGUUCAAGUGCGAGGUGGUGGCGGCCUUCGAGGAGCACUACUCGUGCGUGUGGAGGGUCUGCUGGAACCUCACCGGCACUCUGCUCGCCUCCUCCGGGGACGACUGCGCCGUCAGGCUCUGGAAGAUGCAAUACUUGAACCAGUGGAAGUGCGUGGCGGUGUUCAAGAACGAGCCGGUCCCGGGCGACUCGCCCCCCCAGUCCCGGCCACACACCACGUACAUCCGCAUGGCCACCAUGGCCAACCCCACGCACAUGCCCUUCCACUGACACCGCGACCCCACCCAUACACGGACCAAAAUGAGCGCGGUGUUUAGCUCCGGUAUCCGAUCGUUAUGAAGCAGGUUUGUGUGUCCGUGAAGUGAGCCCUAAGACUCUCGAUAACACUGUGAAUUAACUGUACGCUCAAAUGUUAUCGUCAUAUUUUACUAUUCCACAGGCAGACCGCGGCCUUUAUGUUAAUGUAAUAAGUAAAGUUCAUGUUUCUUUAAAUUUUGUAAUUAAAUAAUUAUGUAAGUGAAUAA